GGAGGCGGAGAGAGGGCCAUCGAGUCAGCCAGCAGUCGGGGCGGCCGGCCACCUGCGCUCUCGCCCGCGAUCGCGGGGGUCUCGGAAAGGGUGGCGCCCAGACCCCAGCUUCCCAUGGAGGCGCCUGAGCUGGGCCCAGGGUUGGUGGAGCGUUUGGAGCAGCUGGCGACGUGUCCGCUGUGUGGGGGCCCCUUCGAGGAUCCAGUGCUUCUGGCGUGCGAGCACAGCUUCUGCCGCGCGUGCCUGGCCCGCUGCUGGGGGGCCCCGUCGGCGCUCGGCGCGGAGGCGCCCCCCACCGCCUGCCCCUGCUGCGGCCUGCCGUGUCCCCGCCGCAGCCUGAGGUCUAACGUGCGGCUGGCCGUGGAGGUGCGGAUCAGCCGUGGGCUGCGGGAGAAGCUGGCGGAGCCUGGGGCCCGCACGGGGAAACGUCGAGGAGGCCGCAUUCCCACCAUGGGCUGCUUGGACCCGCACGGAGAGGAUAUGAGGAAGACAUGGAGACGGUUUGAUGUCCCAAGACCCAAGUCAUCUAAUUCAGAGGAAGAUCUCCCUGAAGAUUACCCAGUGGUCAAAAACAUGCUUCAUAGACUUACAGCCGACCUGACCCUGGACCCGGGCACCGCCCACCGCCGCCUGCUGGUUUCCACCGACCGCCGCAGCGUGCGCCUGGCGCCGCCGGGGACGCCCGCGCCCCUGGACGGCCCCGCGCGCUUCGAUCAGCUCCCGGCCGUGCUGGGCGCCCAGGGCUUCGGGGCCGGUCGCCACUGCUGGGAGGUGGAGACCGCGGAGACCGCCUCCGGCAGAGACUCCUCCGGGGAGGACGAAGAGGAUGGGGAGAGCCGCUACGCCGUGGGCGCGGCUGGGGAGUCGGUGCAACGCAAGGGCCGCAUCCGGCUGUGCCCGGCGGAGGCCGUGUGGGCCGUGGAGGGCCGCGGCGGGCGCCUGUGGGCCCUCACCGCACCCGAGCCCACCCUGCUGGGCGGCGCGGGCCCCCCGCCGCGGCGCAUCCGCGUGGACUUGGACUGGGAGCGGGGCCGCGUGGCCUUCUACGACGGCCGCUCGCUGGACCUGCUGUUUGCCUUCCAGGCACCUGGGCCCCUGGGCGAGCGCAUCUUCCCCCUGCUGUGCACCUGCGACCCCCGCGCCCCCCUGCGGAUCGUGCCAGGAGAAAGUUGA